AUGUCCCUCGACAGUUUACGGGAAACCUUACGCCAGGAGAAGACAAAUGAAGCCGCAUUCACAUCCGCAGCACUGGAGCGCCAUCUCCGGGCACUCUGGAAGGUUACGGGUUCCUGCAAUGCCACUCUAAACGGCCACCAACCCAGGGCAGACGACUUCAUCUAUGGCGAACCUGAUGAGGAGGAACGUCGUUUCCUUGACGAAAAUGAUAUCUCACAAGGUCGACGCUUCAACGAUACAACGCUGCCCUUCCCAGUGGCCGUUACUGACCAUCAGCCACCACUACCUGCUACUCUCCCAUUCCAAGACUCAUCCAAGCCCUUCACUAAGCCAUCACCAUCCCCCGUUGUCGGUACCCCAAGCCUCGAGGACCAACUUCGCGCUGCCUCAGCAUCGCCUUCUGUUGCGACGCAAACUUUACCCUCGGUCGAAUCAUCACUGCAGAGUGAUACCAUUCACGUUACCCCUCGCGCGAAGGCUACUUCGCGUGCUGCCUCCCUUGCGGUGGAAGAAGAGGUAGCAAACAAGACCCAAUCUGAAGCAGGCCCUGCUGUUCAUGAUGUAGGAAGCCAGGACGAUCUCCCUAUCGAUAAAUCCACUGUUGAUCCUAGUGCUAUUGCAUCGCCGACUGCUGAGGAGACGGAUGCAGCUACGUCCUAUGACACGACGGAUGUCAAACCGAAGCCACCACAGGUCGUGCAUCUACCACCAAAAGAGGUUCAGGAGGCUAGGCUGCAGGAGACGGAGCGGAAGUUGGACAGGGCUGCGGAGAAGGAGCGAAAAGAAGAGGAACGGCUUACCAUCCCACCUGCGAAUGCGCCUGUCGAUGUUUCCUCACCGUCGUCAACCGUCGGGCCCUACUCUCAGGCGACACCGCAUGCGCAACACCAUUCGCCCGAUACCAGUCCCGACUCCGAGACUUAUAGAGAACGCAACCACGUACCCUUACCAAAUGACGAUGUUCUCGACCCCGCCGCGCAGCAAGUCAAAGACGAUCACGAACGUGCGUUACAGAAACGAAUGAAGGAGGCAAGAGAGAACGCUCGAGCAAGAGAGGACGACUCCCCUACACCCGAUAUUGAACAACAGAUCGAGGACGAACAGGCAAUACGUUUGGCUCGCGAUGGAAAGAGUCGCCUGAGCGAGUCUCAGCCCGCUGGGGAUGCACAUUCGUUGACGGAAGGUGUGGACGAUGGUUCCCAUGAAUCGAAAACUGAGUGUCUCGAUUUGGUUGGAACCAAGACUGUCAAUGAUGUUGCGGUUGAUUCCUUACCAACGCCAACCACAGUUGCUGCGGAACCUUCAAACAUGGACCGCGAUAAUGCCGAACAAGCCAUCAACCAACAGCACGUCUCCCCUGCUGCCGAUCAUCCAACCCCUCCUGCUGAUAUCGACAUCGAAAUGCGCGACGUACCCCCUCUGGACGCACAAUCAACAGUGUCACCCCAACCUCCAACAUCCCGUCCUGAACGUAUGACUACCCGUGUCGCUUCUGGAGCAAUCCGACAGAAGUCUGUCUCCGAGAUCAUCGCUGAGAAGGCAGCUCCCAAGACUAUGCUAACCCCUCGCUCAAGCAAUCUAUCAGCGUCUACCAGUCCUCCACGACCGCGAACUGCUCAUCGUAAAUCUCAAGAGAUCUCGGCUGUCGUGUUUGCCAAAAAGACACCGACUAAGGCAUCGAAAGCUCUGCAAUCGUACAACGAAGACUAUGCAUCGCUCCAAGGUGCUUCGGAAGAUUCAAGCCGAGACUAUCUGGAAGGCCUUUUCAAGUAUCAGGCUCAUCACCCGCCUAGGUCUGUGCCUUUGCAGGAACUUGUGGCAUCCGCAAGGAAGACGGUGUCGACAGCUGGCACGCUCGCUAUGAUUCGGGAACAUCAAGACUAUAAGAUCCUGAAGAGAGUGUACCAGCUGCAGAAUGCUAAUCGAUGGUCGUUGAGGCAACUUCAGAAGGCGGUCGAACCCGAGCGCCCAUUCACCCAUCAGGAUCAAUUACUCCUUGAAAUGAAGUGGAUGCAGACAGACUUCAAAGAAGAGAGGAAAUGGAAGAAGGCCCUCGCCGCUACCUUUGCGGAAUGGUGUGCCGAAUACGUGAGCAGUACGCCUGAAGAGCGAACGACACUACAGGUCAACGCACGCAUUCCGAAGUCUGCCAGACGUACAAGCAGCGACGAGGAUAUGAACGAUGCUCCUACGCCAGAUCUUGUCCAUUCUAGCACGCAUGAGACAGAGAGCGAGUCAUACGGUGACGAGGAUGAUGUCCUUACUCCUGUUAAUGCUACCCCUCCUAUCGGUUUGUUCUCUCUAGGUUUCAAUGACGUCGUCAUGAAGAUCGACCGUACACCCGCCAGUGAUACCAUGUUCCGGGAACUACCUCUCUACGACCCGAUGUUUGAGGGCUCUAGCGACACCAACCCCUUCUCUCUUUCGGAACCACCAAUCCUUCCUGUAUCCAAGUUCGUCACAGGAAAGCUCGUCUCGCAAAUACGAGGUCCGCCCAAGAAGCGUAGCAGAUACGACUAUGACUCCGAGGAUGAGCCAUCUUCGCCGCCUAGUCGAUCUGGUACGUCAGCUGAACAUUCGAUGCCAUCCACACCAGGUCGACGAUUGUUCUGUCGCAACGACUUACCACCAGAAAUGACCAACGUCGCCCUGUUCAAUGCCGAGAACAAGCAUGUCCGCGACCGACUACAAGCAGCCCAUCAGUUCAGACCGCCUACAGAGUUCAACAUGCCUACAAUUGCCUUUUUCGAGAAUCGCACGCCUUCUCAAUGGCUAUGGGAAGAAGACCAAAAACUCCGGGCGCUGGUGAAAGAGUAUACAUUCAACUGGUCUCUGGUGUCACAGCAGCUCUCGUUGCCGUCGAUGUUUGUGUCUGGAUCUGGUCGAAGAACGCCAUGGGAGUGUUUUGAGCGCUGGGUACAACUGGAGGGUCUUCCAGCAGAAAUGUCUAAAACGCAGUACUUUCGCACCUACCAGAGCCGGCUGGAGCAGGCCAACAAGACAGUGUCAGACCCCAGGUCAACCCCGCAGGAGACCUACGACUACGCCAAUACGGGUGGAGAGAAGGAGAGAAACCGACAUCUCGCCAUUAUCGAUGGCAUGCGCAAAUUGGCUAGGAAACGCGAGUCUGCCGCCCACAAGCAAGCAGAGUCCCAGAAAGCUGCUGCGCUUCGAAAAGCACAUGAGCCUGCGCCACCUAAAAACAACGUUCAUACACCGCAGGAGUUCAGUCGUCUCAAGUGGGAACGCGAAGAAAAGCUGAAGCAAAGGCACAUUGCGCAGGAGAUGAUGGCCAGGCAACAGAUGGUGGCACGGCAGCAGGCCCAAUUACAAGCGCAACCGGGAAUGGCAAACGGCGUUAACCAAAUGCAACGUAACGGGACACCUGGAGGCACCAACAAUGUUCCUCCGCAAAUGGCCAAUCCGUCUUUGCAACAGGGACAGAACGGCCCCGCAAUGGCGGCGCGGGCGCACCAGUCCCAACAGGGCAUGCAAGCCAACUUCGCCAACGGUAAUAUGUCUGGCAUGUCGAUGGGCACACCGGGCGUUCCCCAGGCACAGAUGCAGGGCAACAUGCAGAAUGCUCAGCGUAUGGGACCACCAGAUCAGAUGCGCAUGGCUAUGCAAAGAGGCCAGUUCAACGCCACUCAACAACACCAGUUCCAACUGCAACAGCAACAGAUCAACAUGGCUAGCAACCUCACCCAGGGCAUGGGCAUGAACGGUAUUCCUAACGCGAACAUGAUGGCUCCUAUUCCUAAUCAGAACGGUGCGAUGAACGGAAACAUGAACAAUUCCAUGAACGGGAUGUCAAACGCUGCUGGAUCUCCACGGAUGAAUCAGGGUAAUGGGAACAUGCAAACGCCUUCCCGACCCCUAUCCAGUGGACAUAUGCCUCAGCUCCUGGCAUUCCAGAACCAGUUAAAGGUACAGCAUCCGGAAUGGACCCCAGAACAGGUUACAAAACAGGCCUCCGACCACCUCACCCGUUACCUUGCUAAGCAACGUACACAGGCAAUGAGCGCAGCAGCUGGAUCUCCAGGUAUAUCUCCUUCUCCACAGAUGCAGAACAAUCAGUACUUCCAACAGAACGGUGGCAUGGCCAAUGCUCCCCAAACAAACGCGGUACAGAACUACCAGGCCCAACUGGUCCAACAACAACGGCUGAUGGCAAGACAGCAGGCCGGCAGUCCUGGAUUGAAUGCUCGACCACCUAGUCGGAGUGCCACGCCUCAAAACCCACAGAUGCAACAAAGUCCGGGUAUGCAGCAAGCGCAGAUCAACCGGUCUUAG